UGCAGUGGGCCGGGCGCGGCCUCUCUCGCUAGCUCCCGCCCCCGGCGCGUCUCCAGCGGGCGCAGAGCUCGGCAAGGCGCUGGGACGGCGGGGCUCUGCUUGCCAUGGCCCUGGGCCUGCGGGGCCUCCCGCGGCGCGGCCUCUGGCUGCUGCUGGCUCAGCAUCUCUUCAUGGUCACUGCCUGCCGGGAUCCUGACUAUGGCACUCUUAUCCAGGAGCUGUGCCUGAACAGCUUCAAAGAAGACAUGGAGACCAUCGGGAAGACUCUAUGGUGUGACUGGGGAAAGACCAUAGGGAGCUACGGGAAGCUCACUUACUGCACCAAGCACGUGGCAGAUGAGAUUGGCUGCUUCUGGCCCAAUCCGGAGGUGGACAAAUUCUUCAUCGCCGUCCACCACCACUACUUCAGCAGGUGCCCCGCCUCUGGCAGGGCCCUGAGGGACCCUCCCAGCAGCAUCCUCUGCCCUUUCAUCAUACUCCCCAUCACCGUCACGCUACUUGUGACUGCACUGGUGGUCUGGAGGAGCAAGCGCACAGAGGGCAUCGUGUAGGUAUCCCAGGCGAUGGGGGUGGGGUGGGGGUGGCAGG